AUGGCUAAUCUAACAAAUGACACAUAUACAUCUUAUGGAAUCGGAAUGUCUUUUCACGACGAAAACACCUCAUUUGAAGAGACUAAUUUGGUCAAAAUAAUUUUAAGCGUCGUACUCAUUGCGUCCAUGACGUUAAGUUUGAUCGGCAAUUCUUGUACAUGCGCUGUCAUUGGCCGAGAGAGAUCAAUGCGAAUCCCAACGAAUUAUUACCUGCUGAACCUAGCUAUUACAGAUUUGAUGACAGCUCUGUUUAUUCCUAUUGAAAUUUACAUGCUUUGGGUUCAAGAUUAUUAUCCAUUGGGCGAUGAAGGUUGCAGAAUGCAUUUUCUUAUUUGGGAUGUCCUAAGUAACUGCAGUGUAUUAACUAUUUUAGCUUUCACCGUAGAACGUUACCUCGUUAUAUCCAAGCCAUUCUUAAGACAGAGAUUAGCCUUAAAUUCUCGCGUUUUUAAGAUAAUCACUGCAGUGUGGAUAAUAGCCUGCAUUUUUUCAAUACCCAACGGCAUUUACGCAUAUUUGGUAGAGAAAAAAGAAAAUAUUUACUGUUGUCUUACAGUAAAGGACAAUGAUAAAAUAUACUUCAUAGCCGUCGAACUCAUAGUAUUUUUCGUUGUACCAAUGACGGUCAUAUUUGUUCUCUAUGUGUUGAUAGCAUUGAAUUUAAAAUCCAAAAGGUCGCAAACACCGCAUCCCGCGCUUGGUAAACAAAACAAGAAUAAAGCUGUCAAAAUGUUAGCGGCUGUGGCAGCUUCGUUCUUUAUUUGUUGGUCACCUUACACUGUUCUCCGUCUCAUAAUCCUAAUGCCACGGCAAAAGUACAACGAUUACUUUCAGCUGGAGCGCAUUUUCCUUUACUUAAGCACGGUAAACAGCUACCUGUCGACAGCCGUCAAUCCCAUACUCUACAGCCUAAUGUCGCGGAAGUUUCGACAUGCUUUCAAAGAUUUGUUAAAGGCGAGAACGCAAACCCGUAACCAUCGCAAACGGCAACGAUGCAACAAUUUACAACUACAACCUGUAUUAAAACCUCAUUAUAUAUAAUGAAAAUUUCAAAUGGACGGACUCACAUAAUGUCGUAUUUUGACAAGAACUUCGUUACACACUCGGUCAAUGUAUACCUCGUGCGGUAUGAUUAAGUUGUAUUGGAUUACGAAAAUAAGUUAUAAAUUCAUAAUAAUAGGACGUUACGGUUUCUCUUAGAGCGGUUAAACAGAAACAGACAGAAAUUUCAUAGAAUUAUUGGCUGGUAUUGUAA